UGUAUCUUUGUUGGGCCUCCACAUGAACUUGCCUUCUCGGUCCACUAUAGGAAGUUUACAGUGGCCCCCAUCUGACGUGGACGAUGAGAUGCCCUUUCUUACAGGCUUCGUCAUCAAACGCGUAAAAGGACUCUUUUCAUUAGUCGUUGGAUGCCCCGGAAGCGGGUUCCACUCAAGGAACUAAUAGUAAAGAGACCUUUCCCUAUAUGCUGGUUCGGUCGAGACACGGGAGGCGAACUCUUCCACCGCCACCACCUCCUCCUCCGCCUUACACGCGUCGCCUCGUUGCGUCUCUUCGAAGCUGCAUCUCCGGCGCUCCAUUCCCGUCGUCUUUCCCCAUCCGACGAGUGCCGAAUCCGACGGUCCACGUUUCGCUAUUCCACCCUUAUAUCUACUGCUCACCGUUCGCGUUGCUGUUUCCAAAACUCAGCUUUUCUUCCCGGAAUGGAACUGUUGGAAGCGCCGGCCGUGGUUUCCGCCUCCCUCGCCGGCGCGCUAUGGGCGUGGCUCGUAGCCCUCUCCGUGGCCCUCGGCCUCUAUCGCAUCAGGGCCGUCGCUCCCAACCCCGACAACCCCCACGUCGUGAGCCCCGAAGCCCCGCCGGCCCUGAUCCAGCUGCAGUUUCGCCUCCUCUCACUCUUUAGCCACGCCGAGCCGCCUGGUGAAGGACAGCCCGGCGCCGAAGGGGAGGUUCAUACGGAGGGCGUCCAGGAAGAGGGCGACGGCGAGUUGGAGCAAUAGUUUGGCCCAGUACUUUAGCAGUCAUAUUUGGCCCAAAUAGGCCCAAAAGAGACCCAACCCGUUUAAAUUUCAAACCCUCGUUUCUGCCGACGGUCUCUCUCUCUCUCUCUCUCCUCCAAAGUUAAAAGGGAAACACAGGAAAGACCACCAUCGAUACAAUGGCCGCCCUUCGUGAGCUCAAACCAUUGGAAGAUGUAGCGGGUCCUCGAGAUGAAGAAGACAAUAAUGAUGUUGAUGCAGAUGAAUGUUCUUCGGAGGAGGAGGAGGAAGAAGAGGGAAAGUUGGAUUGCGACUUGUGCGGGACGGAUGAUUCCGAGGAAGAUCCUACGUUUGAUGUCCUGGAGGAGACGCGAUCGGCCCUUUCAAGUAUCUCUCUCGAGAAAUCCAAGUGUCGGAAAACGAGAAAAGGGGAUGGAGAAAAUGGGUCGGAUUGCCCCAUGGUGGAGAUUCCGGAGCUCGACGCGAAGGAUAGGAAAUGUUUCGAGGUUGUCGAGAAGCUUAUCAAAGAUGGCCAGAUGGAGAAACUUAAAGUCGAUCAGUGCAAGGUCUAUCUGAGGAAAUAUGGGCUGAGGUUAACAGGAAAGAAGGACACCCUCAUAGGGCGAAUCAGAGAGCACCUAGAGAUCAAAGACGGUGGUGGAGAAAGAAAGUAUCCGAUUUCUAGCUUUGUGGUUAAUUGCAAAGGUGAUGCCUGCACUGGGGAUGUGGUGAUGUUUGAGCAGAAUGUAUAUGAAAUGUUUAGCAUUGCAUCAAGAAGUGCCACAGGUCCCCCUUGUGGUAUAAGGUUAGUAGCCGGCAGGAUUGUGAAGGAAAGCUAUGGCGCAGCCAAGCAGCAACACACGUUUACAAUUGAGGUGCUAUGGAGCAAAGGAGAAAAAACACUACCUCUUCUCUACCCCCUCCUUAUCAAGGGAAGAAACCUCUACCGUUUCAAGACAAUGAGGCAGAGGUGGGAUGAUGAAGAGAAUAGGAGAAAAGUUUUGCAGGAGAAACAUGCAAGAGGAUCCUUUGCACGAUUUUCUCGAGAUAAUAGGAUCCAGGAGAAGAUGCUGAAAAAAGACAGAUUGGACCGGAUUCAGAAGAAAAGUAGUAGUAAAACGGUAGGAAAAAAGGGAAUUCUCAGCCAAGUUGAUCCAUUUCGAGCAGCUGUUGUUGAACAACAUAAGCUUCAACAUGGACAACCACCUCAGCAGAGUCUAAACUCAGUCGACUUGAAUUUUAUGCAGGAAACAAUCCUCAAAGAGAUGCCACACAAUCUAAAUUCGGUCGAAUCAAAUGAUCCGAAACAAGCAACAAGUUUCAAGGAAAAUCUAGAAGAAUGGCCUGGACGACAUCUGAAUAUGAGGUCUGAUAAGCCUAUCAUGCCUGAGAAUCAGAACUCUUUUCACCAAGGUUCGAAGCAAACUUCAGGUGGCUUUCAGCAUCAUCAGAUCACUUGUGGAACAUUGCAUAAACAGAAUUAUCUCCCGGACAUGCACCAGUUGCACCGUCAUCACCAGUAUCGACUACCUCAACAGAGAGCAUGCUCCUCCCAUCACAUGCAACCUUUGGUUAGUGUGAAUUCUUUCCACCAGAUUCCACCGAAGAGGCAAUAUCCUAUAAGAGACAGAGAAUCAUGUCGCUUCUAUCGCCAAGGAAGGUGUUAUUUUGGAGUAGAAUGCAAAUAUGUGCAUGACAAUUAGAUUUAUGGUGACCAAUUUCUUCUUUGGCAUUAGCUUUGUCAAGAUAAAAAUAGAUGAUUGCUAACUUCGUCCAAACUCAUUUCUAUGAGUCCAUCAUCUAUGUUGUUUGAUUCUGCAAUGGUGUUGCAGGAGCACUUGUGCUGAACUUUUACAUACAACAACAUAUUGCCUCAGAUCAUUUGUCCUGCGAUCAAAUGUUUUGUAACCUGUUUUAUCUUUUUGCCAAUCUUACAAGGCAAAAUUAGUUCG